AUUAACCAUAGAUAACUGUAUAAGUAAUAGAGUAGAGAUAUGUCUGAUCAUAUUAGUAAUCCACCUAGUUCUAGUUCUCGAAGUCAGCUGACUUCCAGCACCACCAAUCGACAAUUGGCAUUAGAAAGAGAGCUUGCCCAAUUGAAUCGAAUAAAUUCAACUAUGGCUAAUUUAAUUCAAACUAUUAAAUUUACUAAUGGUAAUAUAGCUAAAUUAAAUGAUGCCAGUGGAAGUACACAUGUAUUGUUAGAUCAAUGGAUUCGAAUACUAUCACAAACGAAUUUUACUCAUGAUGUCAUUAAUGAUAAGGUGUGGAAGGGCAAUAGAAUUGGAGAUAAUGAAGAAGAAGAAAUUGGUGAAGGUGAAGAUGAAAGUGAUGAUUAUGAAGAAAAAAUUGAGCUUGAACAACAAUUAUUACGAGAGUAUGAGUCGUUAGAGGCCGAGAAUGAACAAUUGACGAAACGUAUAGAGUCUAGAGAUAAUGAUCGUAGUAGUCAACAUCAUCGUGAUAGUGAAGCAGUUAAUAAACGUAGGCGAGAAUUAGGAUUAACUGGUUCAAGAGGAUUAGUACCAAAGAGAAUACGAAGUGGAUAUAGGUGAUAGUGAUAGUAAUAGUAAUGAUAAUAUAAUAGAAUUGAAU